UACAGUAAAGGUAUAAAACUGCAGGGAGAGGGAAAUAUUACAUCCAGUUUCAAAAUGAAGUAUUUCAUUACCACUCUCCUUUUGGCUUCAAUAGCUUUUGGCGCUUUGUUAGAUCGCUCUGGGGAGAGUGGGUCUAAUGAGAGUGCAUCGGAAGAAAGUGCAUCUGAGGAAAGCGAAUCUUCUGGUAGUGAAUCAUCUGAAAGCGGAUCAUCUGAAAGCGGAUCAUCUGAAAGCGGAUCAUCUGAAAGCGGAUCAUCUGAAAGCGGAUCAUCAGAGAGCGAAUCUUCUGAAAGUGAAUCUUCUGAAAGCAAUUCUUCUGAAAGCGGAUCUUCAGAAAGCGAAUCAUCUGAAGAUGAAGAUGAAGAUGCAAAAUCUUUUGAUUUUGAACCAAAAGCUCUGUCAAUAGAUGGGAAAACUCUUAAAAAUAUUUGUGUAGCUGGAUCCAACCUAGAAGAGAAGUUUAAUGACGCCAUGGAAACCUGCAUGGAUUCAUCCAGAGCAUCUACAAGAAAGAGACAAGGAAAGGGGAAGGGAAAGGGGAAAGGAAAAGGGAAAGGAAAGGGGAAAGGAAAGGGGACAAAUCAAAGCUGUCCAUCCUUUGACAAAAUCACAGAAAAGCUUCAAGACGAAUUUGAAGUUAUCGGCUGUAUCCUGCAAACCCUUGAAUGGGUUGAUGAAGACUAUGAGAUGGUAAAAGAAACCUUUGACAAUGAUAUUGCUUCCUUGAACGAAGAUCUGAAGGAGAAUCUUGAUGAAGAUGAAAUGGAAGAGUGUGUAGAAGAUGAGCUAGAGGAGAUGCUUGAGAGUCCUGAACACAAGGCAUUUGAGAAAUGCGCUGAAAAAUAUUCCGAAGAAGAAGUUGAACUUGUGAAUAAGAUUGUCGCUGGAGUUAGUGGAUUCAAAUGUUUUCAAAAAUCUUUUGACAAAGCAUGCAGAUCUUAUGUGGAUGACUCAUUUUUACAACCUCUUAUUGAGUCUCUUCUCAGCCUUAAUGCAUGAAAAUAACUUUUAGUCAACUCUGAUAUAUAACUUAUUUUUAUAAGUUUAUUGGUAAACUCUAUAGAAGCAUAAAUGUUACAUAUAUUUGAUAUUCAAUUUGGUUAAUUUUGUUUUAUUGAGAUGUCAACUUGAAGUGGAUAAAAAUGCAUGUUUUCAGAUGUAGCUAGAUUUUGUCAUAUCAUACGUUAAACUAAAAUAAAUUGCAAAGCUAAAUUUA